AUGAGCGUGUUCGAUCCGUUAGGGCUAGUGGCAGUUUUCCUAAUCCACAGCAAAGUAAUGCUGCAGGAUAUAUGGAGGGCUGGAACCGAUUGGGACGAUCGUAUGUCAGCGCAAUUACUACCACGAUGGAAACAAUGGAUUUUGCUGUUACAGGAUCUGCGAAACAUCAAAGUGCAAAGGUGUUAUUUUCCGGGCUACCGCCCCAGUACGUAUGAUACGUUAGAGCUUCACGUGUUUGUAGACGCCAGUGAGACAUCGUAUGCUGCAGCAGCUUAUUUUCGCGUUAUUGAUGGUGAUGAAGUUCGGUGUACCCUGGUACAAGCAAAAACUAAAGUCGCACCACUAAAACCGCUGUCUAUUCCGCGCUUGGAAUUACAAGCUGCGGUUAUUGGCACUAGGUUGAUGAAAUUUUCCGUGUCGAGCCAUACGCUACAGAUCAAACGUAAAGUAAUGUGGAGUGACUCAAACACUGUCUUGGCUUGGUUGGCGGCAGAUCCUCGAAAAAGGACGCAGUUUGUAGCCUUCCGAAUCGGAGAAAUUCUAGAAAAUACAGAACUCGGUGAAUGGAAAUGGGUGCAGUCGAAAUGGAAUGUAGCGGAUGAGGCCACCAAAUGGGGCAAAGGACCUUGUCUGAACAGUGAUAGUCGGUGGUUUAAGGGCCCAGAAUUCCUGUACAAUGGUGAAGAAUGCUGGCCCAGAAAUAAAUUGAACGUUCCAGACACUACUGAGGAGCAACGACCAAUUUACGUUCAUCCACAUGUUGUUGUGAAACUAGUUGUGGAAUUUUCACGCUUUUCAAAGUGGGAGCGGUUAUUACGCGCCGUCGCUUACGCGCGCCGUUUUAUUCAACGAUGCCGAUUCCCCAGUGAUUCACCAAACACAAAAUCACUGCUAAUUAACCGGGAAGAAGUUGUUGGCGCAGAAAAUGCUGUUUGGAGGGUAGUUCAAGCAGAAAGUUUCUCCGAUGAAUGGACAGACAUAUCACAUACCAGCACUGAGAGUGCGAGUGCGAAAUGUUGGCAGGCGCUGCGCAUGGUGCAAAGUAUAUCGAGCAGCACCGGAAAUUCCGAAAAUGGGCUCACUACCAGCGCCUCGGAUAACUCCCUACGUUAG